CAUUAAUUAUACUUGUGCAGCAAAUCAAUUUGUUAUAAAAUUUCCACUGUUUCCCGUGAGAUAAAAGUGUAAAACGGAUUGUUCCGAAACUUGUAAAAAACAAUUUAAAGACGUAGCGUCGGAGAGUGACUAUGUUAAAAUCUAAGCGGUGGAGAGCGAAAAUAUAAAAUUGAUCAAUUGCAUGUAUUAAGUAAUGUGAAAAGAAAGUUUCAGAAAGAUAUGGUAAGGAAGGAGACAACAUUGCUGUAACAUGUGUCGACAGACUAUUGUUUUAUCAUUGUUGCUUUUUGCAUAUCAAGCCGCUCCGAAUGAAGCAAAUGAGUUCAAGGUUUCGGGAAGAAUCAUUUUUCCAAAGGAUGGCGUGUAUACACAUAUCCCUGAAAACAGCUGUCUUGUGGUAAAAGUAUUUCAAAACAUACAGUGUAUCACUACGCCUUGUAAUACACCACAGAGUGGAAAAUUAGUAACGCGUAAUGUUCAGAUCUUAAACAAUACGUUCGAGUAUGAAGUGACAUGCAAACAUUUAGAUGCACCACUUUACGCUAUCAGCUCUCAAUUGCACAUUGGAUGGUGUCCAACUGAAGAUUACACAGGCGGAUAUAUUAAGGAAGGAGAUUACGACAUUAAAUGGGCUUACGAUUUUACGAUUAAGGGUAACGAAACAAACAAGAAUGUACCAGAUAUUGAAUUGGAACCAUACAUUAAAAACCUAUGUGGAGCAGAAAGAUGCAGUGUAAAGAAGGAAUCGUGCCAAAUGAAUAGUAAUGGUACACCGUAUUGUCAUUGUCUUGAUCAAAAUGGAUGUGGAACCUUGCAGCCAGAAAAAGAAUAUUUUAAACUGUCAGGCAAAAUCCUUUUUCCAACGAAUGGUGUGUACACACAUAUCCCUAAACACAGCUGUCUUGUGGUAAAAGUGUAUAAAAACAUAUUGUGUUUUACCACGCCUUGCAACAUACCACAGAGUGGAAAAUCCGUUACGCAUAAUGUUCAGAUUUUAAACAAUACGUUCGAGUAUGAAGUGACAUGCAAACAUUUAAAUGCAUCAUCUUACGCUAUCAGCACUCAAUUUCACAUUGGAUGGUGUCCAACUGCAAAUUACACAGGCGGGUAUAUUAAAAGAGGAGAUUAUCACAAUGCAUGGGGUUAUCAUUUUAUUAUGAGGAAAAACGAAACGAACAAGAACGGACAGGAUAUGAAAAUGGAACCAUACAUUAAAAGCCUUUGUGGCACAGAAAGAUGCAUGUUAAGGAAUGAAUCAUGCCGAAUAAAUGAUAAUGGUAAAGCGUAUUGUCAUUGCAAUGAUCAAAUUGGAUGUGGAAGAACAACAGUACCUACAACAACAACAACAACAACCAAAUCAACGUCUAUCAAAACUACCCAAACUUCAUCAGUUCCAAUAUCACUUACAAUUCCAACAGCUCCAACAAAUGAAACAAUAACACGUAGCACGGUUACAACAACAACAAAAACCACAACAGAUAAGAUUACAAUUAACUCUACUCCAGGACAAGCUCACGGAAUAGUGCUUGCGGGAGCAGCAGUUCUACCUAGCAAAGGUAUUUAUCCUCCUGCUUUGCCUACUGAAAGCUGCCUACAUAUAAAAGUGUGGGAUAAGCCCAAUUGCAUGGACGAUUGUGGACGAAAAAUGGUGGUUCAUACAACUAUAAAGAAUCUUAGUAUUAAAAAUGGUACGAUUCUGUACAUCGACAGAAUAGAUCAUCUAAAUGUUGGUGAAGAAUAUAGUGUGAGUGCCAUAUUGAACGUGGGAUGGUGCUAUAAAGAGAAGGAUGGUGUCCAAAUAAAAAGUGACGACUACGUCAGUGAUACAAGCAAUAUAUUUCGAAUCAGAAGUGGGGUUAAAUAUUACUACGUUGAUAUUAACAUGAAAAACAAUGGAAAAUAUCAUUGUGGUGCCACUAUGUGCUAUGCAACAGAAAAAUGCAUGAAUAAUGAUUUCUUUAGUAAAUCAUAUUGCCAAUGUCCCUAUGAUUAUGCUUGCGCUAAUCCAUCAGAAUGGAUUUGCGCAAACGAUGGGAAAAGUUAUUCUUCGGAAUGUAAGAUGAGACGAGCAGAUUGUAGUUCAAGAACUCUUCAAAAAGUCCGCGAUGGAAAAUGUGAAGAUGCUGUGACUUCAAACGCGUCAAACGGAGAGAAAGAAAAGGACAUGGUCAUGAUAUCUAGUAUCAGUGGUUCCGUGUUUCUUUUGUUGAUUGUGUUGUUGAUUGCUAUGCUGGUAUGUUUGUCUCGACGGAAAAUAAAUGCAAUGUCCGGGAAUGUUCAGGAAAACAAUGGCAACGGACUGGCUGGUUCAAUAAAGAAGAAAAAAAUCCUGGAGGAUUUUGCUGCAAACGAGCACGAGAAAGAGCAAAGAGUGACAGAAAAUGUCUAUGUUGAUAUCUCACCUACACGCGUUAAAGCUCCACCUUCGUAUAAAGAAUACGAGUUUGACAAGCCACCAGUGUAUGAAGAUAUUCGUUGUUUCGAGAAUAACGCAUACAAAAUUUAGGUUUAGAUAAACCUCACACUUUUAAUACUGUUAAUAUUAACGUGCUAUUGUUUGUUAAUUAUUUUUUCUUAACGUAUGUAUGUGUAUCAAUUAAUUAAAGAAAAAUGAAUUAUAAACCAA